AGAAAUGAUACUAAAAUAUUUGAUUUGUAUUUAUGUAUUUUAUGGAAUAAAUGCUGACAAUGAUAUGUUUAAGGAUAGGGUAGAUAUAUUAGAACGACAAAUGGUCGAAAUGAGAGAAAAUUCUGAACGUACAGAAGCUGAAUUUCGAGCAGAAAUAAAGGAAUUGCACAAGAAGAUUAGGAAAGGACAAGAAAAAAUCGAUGAAAUGGCGGUAACCCACCAGGAAGAACUAGCAACACUUCGACAAUCACUCGGAAAUUGCUUGGAAAUAUCAAAAACGUUCAAGAAAAGAAAUGGAGAGAUUGACCCUUCGGCGACCGAAGUUGCAUUCUUUGCAAAAUUAGGACAGGAAACCAACCACCUCGGAAUCGAGCAAACAAUCAUCUUUGACGAUGAUGUUACCAAUAUUGAUUCGACAAAUUCACCUACGGCCUACAACAGACAUACUGGUGUGUUCACCGCGCCUGUCAUCGGUUUAUAUGUUUUUUCAACAACAGUCCUGUCAUCGUACCAGUCCACGAGCCAUUUUAGGUUUUAUUUAAACCAUACACCGUUAACAAUUAUGUAGGUACAUGGCAACAAUAGUAGUGGCUGGGAUUCUGCCAGUCAGACCAUUGUUUUAAAUUUGAAACGCGGCGAUGUCGUAUCUGUGAAGAAUACUGAGAACGACACAGGAGUGCUCGGUGGUGGUCAUUCCAUAUUCUCCGGAUUUUUGCUGCGUGAACAUGAUGAAGAUGUUAUUGUUGGCUGAUUACUGUAAAUCCAAUCUUAAGUCAUAAAAAGCUUUCCAUUUGA